CCCAAAAAUCUACACCCGCACCAACCCCCCCCCCCUGUUCUCUCUCCUUCUCAACGAAAACGUUCAAAGGAAACAAUGUUCUUUCUUUCUUGAUAAAUCAAACCUUCUCUUUUAAUAGAAAACAAAUCUCGAAUUGAAAAUGGGAAAUGCCCUGAGAUUCCUGUGUGGGCAUUGUUGCAAACCAACGGAAGCAGGGGACUCUUAUUCAUUGGGACCACACGGUGUAUCAGCAGCCACAGUCGGUGUUUCAGCUCUUGCCCGUGACUUGUUACACUUUGAAAUCACCUCUCAGGUCCCAGAAGGACUUGGCAAGCAUGUGGUUUCAUCCAAGAAGGCUCAAGCUAACUGGUAUAGAAAGUUGUUGGAGGCCUGGAAAGAAGCAAAACCCCCACCAAAAACUCCUGAAGAAGCUGCUAGGCUGGUUAUUCAGACCUUGAAGAGACACCAAAAGGCAGAUGUUGAGGGUUUAUUGGCUUUCUAUGGUCUCCCGCUUCCUCACACGCUUAUUCAAGUUUCUACUGGGAUCCCAACAUCAUUGCCUGAAGGGGUCAAGUUUGAGAUGCCAACACUACCAGUGGAUGCAAAAGCCGUAGCUGAUGGAGACACCAUUACAGUUUAUGUUGGCACGACCGACCCCAGGGAGUCAGCUUAUGUUCCAAGGGAGGUUCAAACGGCAAAUGUUCAGAGAUCUAAAGCUCGUGCAGAGAGGAACUAUGGGAAGGCAGAUGCGCUUCAUAAAAAAAUUGUUGAAGCAGGAUAUCGGGUAUUAAAUAUUCAAAAUCAGGAGAUUCUUGCUCGAAAGUAUCGCAUUCGAUUAAGGGGCAUAGAUGCACCUGAGAGUGCAAUGCCAUAUGGGAAAGAGGCGAAAGAGGAGCUUGCUAAUCUUGUUCAGGGCAAGUGUUUGAGAAUCUUUGUUUAUGGAGAAGAUCGUUAUGGCCGCUGUGUAGGUGAUAUAUAUUGCAAUGGAAUAUUUGUACAGGAAAUAAUGCUCAAGAAGGGGCUCGCAUGGCAUUAUACUGCUUAUGAUCAACGCUGGGAACUAGAAACAUGGGAAAAGGAGGCUCGAGCAAAGCGAGUAGGGUUAUGGGCUUCACCAAAUCCUGAGAAGCCAUGGGAAUGGAGAAAGGACAGACGCGAAGGCAGAUAGUAUUGUCCUAAUUAACCCAUCCAGACAGGCGUGAGUUCUCUUUUGGGUGGGAAGGAGCCUGCCUUGAACCAUAUUACGCCGGCAUGACCCGAACCAGGCUUCAGCAACUAGCAACCCAUUAAUUGUACCGCGUAUGAACUUGGAAUUUGUCUAGAAAUCCUGUACAAAUUUAUGCUAAAUGCUAAUUCAAGUUUUGGUUAUUUAAUGUUGGAUUGAAAA